AUGAUCGCGAAGAAGAAGCAGAAGAAAAUCGCAGCGAAGACAGCCGCGGAAGAAGCGACGAAAGCCAAUCAGAGCACGCGAGUCGUCCACGUGGGGCUUAUCCCGAAGAGCGAGUUGCAGGGGAAAGCGGCGGGCGCGUUAGCGGGGGCACUGCAGGGGAAGGCAGUGGUGGGGUUUAAGAAGGAGAAGGUUCUGGUGCUGUCGUCGCGAGGCAUUGUGUACAGGUACCGCCAUCUAAUGGAGGACAUCACGGCGCUGUUGCCGCACAGCAAGAAGGAGCCCAAGGUGGACGUGGCUCGCGGCCGUCAGCUCAACGAGGCUCUUUCUGAGCUCAUGGACUUACGGGGCUGCUCCCUGUGCCUCUUCUUCGAGAUGCGCAAGCAGAGAGACCUAUACCUGUGGCUAAGCAAGGGGCCCUCGGGUCCUUCCGUGAAGUUUCUCGUCAGUGCAGUGCACACAAUGGAGGAGCUCAAGCUAACGGGCAACCACCUCAAGGGCUCGCGUCCCUUCCUCACCUUCUCGCCCUCGUUCGACCGCCUGCCCUUCCUCUCCGUUCUCAAGGAGCUCUUCAUCCAGACGUUUGCAACCCCCAAGGGCCACCGCAAGUCGAAGCCAUUCUACGAUCAUGUGCUCACAUUCACCUACCUGGAUGGCCGCAUCUGGUUCAGAAACUACCAAAUAUGCAUUCCUGGAGCAGAGGGGGCAGCGAGAAUCGAUGACAUCACGAUGGAGAAGAUGUCGCUGGUGGAGGUGGGACCUCGCUUCUGUUUAAAUCCCAUUCGUGUGUUCUCUGGCACAUUCGGUGGGCCCACUCUUUAUGAGAAUCCAAGUUACAUUUCACCAAAUAAG